AUGGAGCUCCCUGCCGCCGGGGAGCACGUCUUUGCGGUGGAGGGCAUCGAAAAGAAGCGCAUUCGGAAGGGGAAGAUUGAGUACCUGGUCAAGUGGCGGGGAUGGUCGCCCAAAUACAACACUUGGGAGCCAGAGGAAAACAUCCUCGACCCGAGGCUGCUCGUCGCAUUUCAAUACAGGGAGAGGCAGGAGCAGCUGAUGGGAUAUCGCAAACGGGGGCCCAAACCAAAACAUCUUCUGCUACAGGUUCCCUCAUUUGCCCGGAGAUCGAGUGUCCCCGAAGGCUUUGAGGACAACUCACCGGAUGUAGAAGACAGCCCCAAGUCUGAUUCCAUCCCGGUCCAGCGUCCCCAGCCGAAGCAGUACCAGCUGAACAGCAAGAAGCACCAUCAGUACCAGCCUAACAGCCAGGAGGUACCCGUUGAACAGCUUGCAAACAGCAAGAAGAAGUACAUAUACCAGCUUAACAGCAAGAAGCACCACCACUACGAGCCGGACCCAAACAUGUAUGAUGUUCAGGCUUCAAGGCUUAAGAAGGUGGUCAAAGUUCAGGAGGCAGCCAGUAAACCUGCCAACCCUGGAUGGAACCUACCUCUGGCACUGCAGCAGAAAUGGGUUCGCGACAAAGAGACAGGCUGCUUGAGUAAAGUCAAAGAACUAGCAGUCGAGGUGAGAAAACCUGCUCCCAAAGACGCUGAAAGUGAACAAGCUCUUAAACCUAAUCCUAAGGAUGCAACGCUCCCAAGCUCUGUUAGCAGCAAAAUGAAGAUAAUCAAGAACAAAAACAAGAAUGGACGUAUCGUUAUUGUCAUGAGCAAGUAUAUGGACGGUAAUAAGGUUCACGGAGCCAAAGGCAAACAUGGGGAAUCUUCAAGCGCAGAGAAAACCCAAAGUGGCCAACCGGCGGAAAGCAAUCCCGCGCACAGAACCAAAUUAAUGGAGAAUGGUCUACCCAAAGAGAUCUGCAGCAGCAGUGCCCUCCCCGCUGCAGAACACCCCCAAAAGUGCUCCCCAAAGGACAGACAUUUCUUCAAGCCUUCACCGAGCACAGCAGAGGAAUAUAACACAGAAGUCGCCCGGGGUCAGGCCGACUUACCUGAUGAUCUACCGCUCCAGCUGACCGCCAGCUCGCCCCCAACGUCUUGGCCGGCUGACAGCAACAUCCCGACGCCUACAAUUAUGCACCACAUCCGGAUUCCGUCAUACUCCAGCAGCCGGAAGAGGAAACUCUCAGAGCCUGCGGAUGAGCGUAGGGUUUCCAAAACUUUGUUGGCUUCCAGAAGCCUCAGCGUUUCCAGCACUGCGGUCGCUCCGCCUCAAGACAGACCAAUGGACCUCCACUGCACUGGACACUUUGGUGUGUAUGAUGCAAUAGACAGCAGUUGCCAGGAGGAGCCCAUGGAUUUGAGCUGCCCAAAGACAAAGAGGCAGGCAGAGCUGGAAACCACAUCUGAUACACGGCCUGAACUUCAACCCCAACCUGAACCUACUCCCCUACCUGAGCCUAUUACCCAACCUGAUCAGACUGAACCGCAACCUGAACCCCAACUUCAACCCCAACCAGUGGAAAACCAUGUCCAAAAUCCACCUGCAACAAUCGAGAACCUGCAGAGGAAGACAAAAAAGAUCUCUCCUUUUAUGGGAAAUAUUAUCAUCACUGACGUCACCACAAACAGUCUCACUGUCACCUUCAAGGAGUACGUCUCUUUCUAA